AGUUUUUGGACAUGGAUGGUGCACCUGAGCCUGUGUGAACCGCUCUGACGCCACCCUCAGCCUGAUGACAGGAGAUGAGCAACACGAGACCACAUCAUGAGCAUCCAGAGUCUGGGAGGAGCUAUAGGGGAGUCCCUUGGCUCUAGCCUGACGGUGCGUAUGAGUGGAGCAGGUGGCGGGUGGAGCGCUCUCUCUCUGAAACCUGUUUCUUCUGGACGGAUCACCUCUAUGUUCCAGACCAUGGUCCCGACCGGUUACACCAAGCUACAGGAGGAGCGGUUGGCCAUGGUGGACCUCGGAGCUAAACCUGAGGCUGGCUCGCUCCAGAACGGCUACAGACAGGAGACAUCUCACAUAGAAGGCAGACGGGUCCUGGACCGGGCCUCUCGGUCUUCUUUGACUUUAUCUGACUGUGGAGAUGGAGGCUACUCUGAGACAGAGCCCAUGCUGGCUGAAAGGAGGCUCUCAGGAGAGGAGGCAGAUGGGGAAGAGGAAGAAGACGAGGAGGAAGGACUGGGGUCUGACCAUCAGAAUAUGCCCAAGGAGUCACCGCUCGCUAUGGCUCUGCAGAUUUUGCUGCCUUUUCUUCUAGCUGGAUUUGGAACUGUGUCAGCUGGAAUGGUUCUGGAUAUUGUGCAGCACUGGGAGGCAUUUCAGUACAUCACAGAGAUCUUCAUCCUGGUACCGGCGCUGCUCGGCCUGAAGGGAAACCUGGAGAUGACGCUGGCUUCAAGGCUGUCCACAGCGGUAAACGUGGGCAAGAUGGAUUCUCCCAUAGAGAAGUGGAAUCUGAUCAUCGGCAACCUGGCACUGAAGCAGGUCCAGGCCACCGUCGUGGGUUUUCUGGCGGCUGUAGCAGCCGUAAUUCUUGGUUGGAUCCCGGAGGGAAAGUUUCAGAUGAGCCAUGCUGUUCUGCUGUGCUCCAGCAGCGUGGCCACGGCCUUCAUAGCCUCCCUGCUACAGGGCAUCAUCAUGGUGGGGGUAAUUGUGGGUUCGAAGAAGACGGGCAUCAACCCGGACAACGUAGCUACACCCAUUGCAGCCAGCUUCGGUGACCUCAUUACCUUGGCGAUCCUGGCCUGGAUAAGCCAGGGCCUCUACAAGUGCCUGGAUUCCUACCCAUAUGUGUCGUCGCUGGUCUGCGCCUUCUUCAUGUGUCUGACUCCUCUGUGGAUCGUCAUCUCCUCCAAGCACCCUGCCAGCCGCACCCUGCUCUACUCCGGAUGGGAGCCAGUCAUCACUGCCAUGGUCAUCAGCAGCAUCGGAGGGCUCAUUCUGGACAAAACGGUGUCUGACCCAAAUCUGGCCGGCAUUGUCGUGUACACCCCGGUUAUCAACGGUAUUGGGGGUAACCUGGUGGCCAUCCAGUCCAGCAGGAUCUCCACCCACCUGCAUUUCCACUGUGCUCCCGGGGAGGUUCCUGACGAGGCCAAGGGCUGCUACUACCCGUGCCGUACAUUCUGUGGAACAGGAGCCAAUCAUCGCUCUGCUCAGGUGCUUCUGCUUUUAGUGAUCCCUGGUCACCUCAUCUUCCUGUACACCAUCCACCUGAUGAAGAGCGGCCACACGACGCUGACUCCUAUCUUCAUGUCGGUCUACCUGGCUGCUGCUAUGCUGCAGGUGCUGCUGUUGCUCUGUAUAGCAGACUGGAUGGUUCACUCCAUGUGGCGGAGUGGCAAAGAUCCAGACAGCUUUUCCAUCCCUUACCUGACAGCUCUGGGUGACCUGUUGGGCACCGCCCUGCUGGCACUCAGCUUCCACUUCCUGUGGCUCAUAGGAGACCAGGACAGCGAUGUGGGCGACUGAAAGGGCCUUUGACAAUAAUGUGACAGUGGUGACAGGAACCCUGCCGUCUGCCAUCGGACUUCUCACGCCCGUUAAGCCUUGUGGGAAUGUGGGCGCUCUCUGUCGCUGGCCAGUACAUUCCUCAGCUUCACAUACUGGAUGAAACUUAAACCACAUGAUGGUUUAGAAACUAUUUUCUGCUCAUGGCUUUUUUUCUACACACAAAGAACAUUAUGUUCCAUAAAUUUAGACUCAGUUCUUAGUAGCAAUUCUGAUCUGCAUCAUUUGCACCAAAGCACUUGGAUAUGAUAUUGCUGGUCUUGUUAAGAGGAGCAGGAAUACACCAGCCACCGCCCACAACGCUGAUGAAACUGUGCUGCUGUUUGCAAGGUGGUCUACUUUGUAAGCCAAGCAUCAGUCAUCACUUUAAAAAUAUCUCUUGAUCUGGAAUAUAUUUUGGGGAUUUACCACCCACUGUUUCAUCAAAUUUGCUGCCUGCCUUGUGCAGGUUUUGCCUCAUCAUCAGUGGAGGGACGCACAGAGAGUCAGGUUGAAGGACCAGAGACGGGAAGUCUGGUGUCCAUGUGUCUCAGAUCGACUCAUGAAGAGACUGCCGUUACCAGGGUUUAAAGGGAAUAACAUGGGUUUUCAGUGAUGGUACAAAUAGUCUGCUUUCUGUCCUGUGUUUAUAUUUGUUGUGUUUUGUUGUUUCAUAUUCUGAGUUAUCCUGCAACGUUCUCUACACGUGUAAGGAACAGUUCUCCUAUAGGCUACACCUAAGUUACCAUGCAGGGGUGUCUCAUAUAUACGGUAUAUCUGUGUUUUUGAUUAUGUUUCUAACUUUUUCAGGGGCUCUCUGUGUUUUUGGGGAUGGGGACCAGCACGUAAAUGACGCCUAGUUUUGUGGGUAAACUCUGUAAGGGUCUUUAUUCUGAAUUGAGACAAAUUAUGAUUUUAUUUUUUUUUUUGGCUAAGAUUCAGAUUAUAAAGACACAUGCACAGGAACAUGAAUAAAAUAGACAAAGGUCAAAAUGAAUGAACUUUAUCAGUUAGUUGGAAAGUAUCUGCAGCGCUACACCUUCGCUAAGCCCCUCCCCCACAGAGCAACUGCCCAAUAACGGUAACACCUGUAAGUUAGCACAGCAGCUCGACGCAGUACUUGGUAUUUAAAAAGUUUGGAUGAGGGCGUCUUCUGUUAUCACCAGUGACCAUAAGAGCAGAAAUGAAACUAAUUCACGAUGCUGGAUGAGGUGUCCCUACGACAGUAACUACCCCAGUAGUUUAUCCAUUUGGCACACUACCUGGUGCGGCUGUAGCGUAGAGUGGGGCUAAAGGAAAUCACAUUGCAAUUAUAUUUACAGAUUUUGUGAUGUGAGUCACAGUUUCAGUGGGAGUGGUCACUUUAGCAUUACAAAUAUAAAAAUGAUGGUGUGACUUUUGUUGUGAUUUGUGCAUCCACAUUGCACAUCCAUGCAUGGAGGACUCCUCGUGGACUCACUAACUUGGGGCGAUGAUGAAUUUAUGUCAUGCAGAAUCUCGUGUACUCAAGGCCCUGCUCUUAGCAUUAAAGCCAACACUACUGGAGACCACAUUACAUUCACCAAACAUGCUGAUUAGUCCUCACUGUGAAACCGUUUUGUCUUUUAAAGUUAAAAAUAUACAAGUUAAGAGCUUGGACUUCCGUUUUCCUGUCGUACAAAUAACACUCAGACGAAGCAGCACUGUGACGCAAUACUUAUAUCCACCGGAGCAGGCAGGUUCAGCCUCAGUCUUUUAACAGUGUAACAUACAUACAGCCAUCAAGUGUGUAUUCAAGACUCCAUGUUCAAAACAAGUCAGCUGCUGGGAGCAUUAGUCAGCUGGAAACUGAGUCUCGCCAGCUACAGCUCAGCGACUAUUGUCAUAUCAGUCAGAAAAAUCAGGCGGUGGCCAGAAACGAGAAGCUACUUUUGUCUGUCUGAAAACAAAGACGUGUCGCCUCAGCCAAGUCAUUUGCAUAUGUGUCGUGUAAGAAUGGAAAGCUCAACGGGAGCUAAGGGGAGCAGGGCCUAGCGAACGCAGGGAUGUCUUUUUGCAGCCAUUUAUCCUUUCAGCCUCUCUGCUGGGGGUCGACCGAUGUAUUCUGUUUUCAGGGCUGAUACCAGUAAUCAAGGACUCUGAUAACCAAUAUUCACUAUAUAUAUACUGAUAUUUAAAAUCUUUUUGUCAAAACUGAGAAUAACACAAACACUUUGUUCAUGCCUUUAUUUACGUUCUGCAUAUUUUUAAUAGAAAGAUAACUUUUCAGCAUUUAUCCUUCAGUGUUGAUGGGCUUUAACUAACGACGCGUAGCCAGACAGUGAGACCGUGCUGUGGACCGAACAUGCUGGUGACCUGAGAUAGCAAAAAGCAGCUGUUUCAGAGCCAAUCAAGCACGUUUUUUAAGUAAUUUAUUUUGUUGGGAAUGAUAGUGGUCCUCAGAACAUGAGACCCCAUCACCGGUCAAGCCCCAGUUACAGCCUCCUGUUACGUUCUGUAAAUGAAAGCAGCACAUAGACCAUGUAAUCCUUUGUAUAUCUUGUCAACCCCCUGUGUUCUCUCUCAUGUUUCCUGUGUUUGCGUUGUGUUCGGGGUCGGGUAGAGGGGUUACGCAGACCAGGACCACAGUGAGUAUUUGCACGCCAACCACAUGCUGUUUACAUAUUGUCUACAUGCAUGUACACGAUUAAUCAGCUGUUUUCAGAAUCAGCUGAUUGAACGCCAGAUCUCUGCUUGACUUUGUUUACUUUUUUCCAAAUGUGUUGCAUUCAAAGGGUCAGAGACUCCGAGUGAAGCAGCCCGAUAUUAAAUCAGCCCUCGUAGCUCCAGCAGGAACGGCAUGGGGGAAAUCAUCUUACUUAAAAAUACACUCUUCAAUUAAACCACCUCCAUCUAAUUAUUGAGCAGCAUAUUGUGCGCAUGUGAACGUAGCCAGUGGCUCUCUUAAACUCCAAUAUGUGCCUCUUGAGAUUCACUGGUUGACAAGGUAUUUUUCUCUCUGUCAUGCCAUUAAUGCAAUUUUCUUUUCUACUGCAUUGUAAUACUGUGCAAUGAUUUUUCUUUUUGUACUCUUUCAGUUCUGACACACUUUUUUUUUUUGAAGAGUUUCAUUCUAAAGUGACACAUCCACUGCUUUAAUUGCUGCCAGGAAACAACUUGCAGAUAUAAGAGUUGUCAGUUCCUGGGGGGUGAUGUGAGUUUGGAUUGUGGAUGGAUUUUCUUUUUGAAGUGAAACUCUUUAUGCUUUUGUGGCUCUUAUGGGCCAAACUUGUCUAAAUAAAUGUCCUUGAUUUGAAAAGCA